AACGGUCUGCGGGAGAAAUACGCCGUGUAUGGAUCGCAGGUGUGGAGUCGCUCAAAAGGUUACAGCGGCGUCUUGACUCGCAGGGAAAGACAAUGCCGGGAUAUUUUCGCAUCGGUUAAUACGCUGCCGCUCUUUAUCCUUGCCACUUAUACCGUGUGUUAACGAGAUGCUGCUCUUUUGUUGCCGUCACGAAGCGGUGUGCUGUGCAGCGCGUUUUCCGUAAAAUUUCCGCGCUCGUUUUUGCCAGCCAUCCAUGCCCAGAAAUGACCGACAAUCGCUGGGCGAUGUGUACGGCAAGAUGCGCGCGGUUCUUUUUCUGGUGGUGGUGCAGGUGAUGGUCAUUGUGGAGGGCAUGCUACCGGGAUUACCGCGGAAUCUCACGGUGUGUUAUUUAUGGGAAAGUGAUUCGUACUAUUCGAAAUAUGAACGGGUGGCGGCCUUUGUGGAUUUGGGGAUCUAUCACGCCAACAACUACGUCCUCAAUGAUCAGAUUACGCUGCAGAAAGUGUACCGGAAUGCGGGACCGGCCUGUAUUAAGAGCCAGAGCGCCGCCGUGACGGCCAUGUACGGACUGCUGCAGGCCGGGGAAACGUGCCACCUCAUUAUCGGCGCCAGUUGUCCGUACACCACCGUGGCGCUGUACGGCUUCGCCGAAGCCCUGGACAUCGCCAUGAUGUGCAUCCCGGGUGCCGGCGUGACCUACCUGCAAGCGGAGAGCAACCCCUCCACCUUCCCGCUGCUCAUUCAGCCCACCUUCAGCUUCACGGAUUUCUCACGCUUCCUCAUUGAUCUGCUGGUCUUCCGCAAGUUCUCCCAUCUUACUAUAAUUCGCGAUGAAUCCUUCACUUUCUUCGCCAACCUGGUGGACAGUUUUUCGCGUACGAUGCGCGACGCCAAUUUCAUCAUGUUCCGUAACACGAAUAUCGUGUCCGUGCGCAGUCAGCGGGCCACGCGCGACACGUACAAACAGAUUCUGGAGAGCGCCAAUGAACGAUCUCGAAUGAUUCUGAUCCUGGGACAUGCGGAUUGCGUCCGGAACGUAAUGUUGGUUGCUCAUAGUCUGGGAUACACGAAAGGCGAACAUGUGUUUAUAGCAGCGGAACUGUUCGAUCUGCCGGAGUACUGGGGUCGAGUGGAUCCCACGAUCGGCGAUAAUAACGAUGCGAGUGCCGCGGCCGCCUACGAGAGCCUGCUGGUGGCGCAGCUGCUGGAUGAUAGCACGCGCGGCACGGAGGACGAGACCUUCCAAUUGGCCGCCACGCGGGUGGCGCGUGAACAUUACAAUUACACCUUCGGCCCGCUGGACACCAUCGACGAUCUGCUGGACGAGGAGCUCAACUACACCGACGGCGACAUCAUCGUGGCGCGCAUGUCCAACACGUCCUUCAACAAUCCGCUCGGCGGGAAGAUGUACUUUGGGGCCAAUCGCCAGCGCGAGAAGGGCUAUGUGCUCAAGCAUUAUAACGUGGAAAGCGAUAAAUACCAGGUGGUCCUGCAAUUUCGACCGCACAGCAACGUGACAUACCGGCGCCUGUACAACUACUCCUGGCCCAAUCGCGCCAACCGCGAUGAACUGCCACCGGAUGAGCCGGUGUGUGGCUUCCGCAACGACAAGUGCCUGCAGACGGGACUAUCCCCAACGACCAUCGGCCUGGUGGUCGGAUUGCCGCUCAUCUUCCUUGCCGUUCUGGUAUCCGUGGGCGCCUACGUCUUUCUCCAGUUCUGGCAAUCACGGUUGGAUUUUAAUCCCAACUGGUGGAAGAUCAUGGUGGAGGAGCUGGAUAUUAAGAGUCCGCGAGCGGCCAGUAGCUCCAAGAAAACCCUGAGAAGCCAGAACACCGGCGCCAGCAAACAGUCAACUCACUAUUCAGCCUACAUGUGCGACCUUUUCGCCCUGUACAACGGCACCAUGGUCGGACUGAUCGACGUAACGGAUCGCAAGUUGACGCCCAACCGCGAGUUGACCGACGAGUUGAAACUGAUCAAAAAGACGGACAACGCCAAUCUUCAGCACUUUAUCGGCGUGGCGCUCAGCCCCGAUAAUGUGUGCCAGUACGUCGUCGGGGAAAUUUGCUCAAAGGGGACGUUGACGAAUGUCCUGGAAAGUCCCGUAAUUAAACUGGACUGGUUCUUUAAAAAUCUCAUUAUCCGGGAUUUAGUGUCGGGAAUGACCUACCUGCACUCCACACCCAUCGCCUCACACGGCAAUCUCAGCUCCAAUACGUGCCAGCUGGAUAAUCGUUUCACGCUGAAAAUCGCCGAUUACGGUCUGGCGUUCUUCCGCAAGAAGGAGGAUCUCAUCCCGCCCAAAGCCAACGAUUACGAGCGGGACUGGGAGGCGCUGAUGUGGCGCGCCCCCGAAUUACUGCGCCAAGUGAUGCCGGUCAAAGGCACACAAAAAGGCGACGUAUACAGUUUUGCCAUCAUCCUCCAGCAGAUCAUCCUCCGCAGCGCCCCCUUUGAGCUUCCCGAUGACCCACUGGACCUUUCCCCUCGGGAAAUCGUCUUAGAAGUCAUCGCCGCUAAUAUUCCCCCGGUCCGUCCGCGCGUUCCCCGGUCGUCCUGCUCUAACGAACUGUAUGAUUUGAUGGAGCGGUGUUGGGAGGAGGUGCCGUUGGAACGGCCGACCUUCCAGAAAGUCAAAGAGCGUCUGCUGAAGAUCAUGGGCAACAUCGGGGAUAACGUUAUUGAUUCGCUGUUUAAGCGGAUGGAGCAGUAUGCUAGUGAUCUGGAGCAGAAGGUGGCCGAGCAAACGCAGCAGUUUAUGGAUGAGAAGAUGCGGUCCGAGCAGCUGCUGGGCGAACUGCUUCCAAAACCGGUAGCGGCGGCUCUAACGAAGGGUCUGACCGUGGAGCCGGAAGCCUUCGACAGCGUGACGGUGUUCUUCAGCGACAUUGUCGGCUUCACCACCAUCUCCUCCAAGGGCACCCCGCUCGACGUCAUCGAGCUGCUCAAUAAGCUCUACACCUUCUUCGAUGAGGUGCUGAUGCGGCACGAUGUCUACAAGGUGGAGACUAUCGGCGAUGCCUACAUGGUGGCAUCAGGCUUGCCAAUUCGUAACGGUAACAAGCACGUCAGCCAGAUCUGCGGGAUGGCGUUGGAGGUGGUGGCCGGUAUUGCCAAGUUUGUGGUGCCGCACUUGCCGUCGGAGAAUGUACAGAUUCGCGUGGGCAUCAAUUCGGGUCCCUGCGUUGCCGGUAUUGUCGGGAAAAAGAUGCCGCGUUAUUGCCUAUUUGGGGAUACGGUCAACACCGCAUCGCGUAUGGAAUCCAGUAGCGAGCCGAUGCGGAUACAAAUCGGUCCGGAGACGCGACGCCUUCUCGACCUGAUCGGCGGCUUCACCUGUACAGAGCGCGGCGAGAUUCCCAUCAAGGGGAAAGGUGUGCUUACGCACUGGUUAGUGGGAAACUCCACUGAAAAUCAAUCACUGGCAGGAUGCAUGGGAAAAGUGCAGCCGGAUGUCUUUUUUUUGUACUGGUCGAUUUUGCCACUCAAUGCGCAUUUGGUGAUAUUUGAAAUAUUCCUUAUUGUGCUGCUGUAUUUAAUACAAUUAUCAGCAAAUUAUUGGUAA